AUGUAAUAAUUCCAAAAAGAAAUACCAACACAACCACAAAUCACCCCUCAACCAAAUCAAUAAUAAUAGAAGACCAUCAUCUAUAUUGAGAAUUUAGAUUAGGGAAUAUCUGAAGAUUAUUUAUAUCGUAAAUUCAAGGAAGUGGGAGAAAUCGCAAGUUUAAAAAUCACAAAGGACAAGUCAACCCAAAAAUCCAAGGGACAAGCAUUCAUCACAUUCAUACAUCCAGACUCAGCUGAGGAAGCCAGAAAAAAAUUUAAUAAUUAAGUAUUCAUCCGAAACAGCAUCAGAGUCAAACCUUACUUUAAUUUUCACGGAGCAGACAAGAAAGCAAAUAUUUUCAUUUCGAAUCUACCUGAAGAUGCAGACGACUUGGAAUUAGAGCAAGAGUUUUCAAGAUUUGGUACCGUGUUAUCAGUUGAUGUACAUAGAGACUCAACAGGAAAGCAAUUGAAUUAUGGUUAUGUUUAAUUUGAAAGAAAGGAAGAUGCUGAGAACUUGAUCAAGAGAAUCCAGAGCCAUCCACUCACUCACAAGGGCAAACUCUUGAAAUUGGAAUAAUUUAAGGCUUAAUCAGAAAGAAAAGUGGAAUCAACAUCUAUUUACUUAAGAGCAUUCGCAGCUCCAUUACCUUAACAUCUCAGUGCUUAAGAUAGUGCUAUGAGAUCAUUUGAAUAUGGAUGGUCUUUGGUGAUCAAAGAUUACUUGACUAGAGUGUAAGGAGAUUAAAUUAGGGACUGUUUUGUUAAAAUAGAUUCUGUCACAAGACAACCAUGGGCAAUGAUUACAUUCGAAACUUAUGAUUAAGCAAAGGUCAACUUAGAUUUGUGUGAAAGUUAGAGAAAGCAUCCAUGCAUUAAUUCAGGAGCUCGUGUUGCACUUGAUUUAAUUAAAAAGCAUGGCCCUCCUGCCAAUAGCGAUGGCUCUUUACAAUUUACUAUUUAGUAAAUUGAACCAUUCUUUGAAGAAAUGUCAAAAGAUCCAUUUGAUACUUUUAAGGGGGAAAGUGACAACUUCUUUUUCAAUAUGGUUUACAGUAAACAUUUGAAUCCAGAUGAAAGAUUGAUCAUCAUCCAAAAUAUCAAGGAAGAUGUAACCAAAGAACAAAUCUCUGAGUUUUUGGGAUAAUUUGGAAAAGUUAUUCGUUUAACCAUCAGAAAAACCAAAAACCCAAGAUUUUAAGUCCAAUAAUGCUUUGUUCACUAUUAAACUCUAGAAGAUUCAAAGAGAGCUCGUUCAGAACUCUAUGAUGAUUCCAAUGAGAAAAUCGUUAAUAAAAGAAAAGAAAUCUUUAAGGAUGGUAGAGCUGUAGCAAACAUCUUAUUAUCAAAAACCAUGAGAAAAGAGUUCAAGGAAAUCAAAAAACAAAGCUAAAACAUUUUUGCUAAUCCUGGAGGUAGACAAUUACUUUAACCAUAAAUACCAACUUAUCAAAUGAUGCCACCUCCUAUGCCAUUCCCUCAUCCUCAUCCUCAAAGAAACCCUCCCAGAGGACAAAGAUAUCCAUUCCCUCCUUCUUAAAGACCAGUACAAAGACCUCCUGUUAAUAUGAUUAAACCAUCAGAACCCAUUAGAAAUGUUGAAAAAUACCAACCUAAUUUCUUAUAAGAAUUUAUGGAUUAUUAAACUGUUCAAAGCAGAAUGGAAGAUUUCUUAAAAAUACCUACUGAUUCAUAAAGAUAAGUUUUGGGUAAUUUAUUAUUCCAGAAAGUUUUCGAUGUUGUUAAAGACAAAGAAUCCACAAAAAAGCUUGUUGGUAUGUUGAUCGAUCCAUCUCAAUUUGAAAUAGGAGAUAUCUUAAAUAUGUUUGAUGAUGUUAAUGAACUUCAAACCUAUAUUGAUGACGGCCUCUAAUUGAUUCGUGAAGAAUAAAAAGCCAAUUGAAUUAUGACAUAUUAAUCAGUCCAAAAAAAUAUUUUAAUGUGAUAUACGACCAUAAAUAGCAA